AGUGCCCUUCUUCGCCUCCUCCCCGUCGCUCUCUCCCUCUCGGUCUCCGUCCCGACGCCGCGACGGCCGACGCGAGCGGGCGCCCUCCUCCUCCACGCCCCUCCCCCCCUCGCGCUAUAUGACACACAAAGUGUAGGUGCUCACCUGAGCUCUAGGCAAGGUCACCGUAUUGCUCGACGUUUGGCACGCAACCUGAACUCGUCUCGCCCGCGGCCGAUCUCCUCCAUCCGCUCGCCGCGCCGCAAUCCGGAGAGGAGACUACGCUAGGUCGAGCACCACCUGGGGCUCAGCGUUCUCGCAACCAGUUCCGGCGCAGCGUCCGCCCUCUGCAGCCACUCGCCACCUUUGGCCGGCGACGAGCACCACCAGGACAGCAGGUUGCUUCAGAGACUAAGCUGAUGAAGCAUCCUAAUUGGGUCCACGUUGGCAAAGAAUCGGUAACUGACUUAAGAGAGCAAAUUCUCCGACUCAUUGAGCAUGAUUCUCACGAUCAAGAGGAAAAAUCACGGGCAGAGCUACUGGAGAAGCUCAAGAGCUGUAAAAGAGAUACGCUAAUUGAACUGUGUCAUUCAUUUGAUGUCAUUGGCUCAAGCGCUAAUAGGAAGGAGGAUCUGGUAUGUUUUCUGAUGGAAUUUAUUAAGGAUCAGUGUUCUGGUGAUGGCAUAAACUCUGAUAAGAAAUUCAAGAAAAGAAGGCGUGUAAAAGAAGACGAAAAUUUGUCUACUGGUAAACCUUCGAAGAAAAAGAAACGAGAAGGUGAAGAGGAAGCAGAUGAGAGGAAGGGUGUGGAGGAUAUAGGAAAACAUUCUGACUGUGAUUUGAUGGACAACAAAUAUACAUGUGCUGAUAGUAAGAAGGGAUUCCCAAAUGAACAGACCAACUUUGAUCCUUCUGAGAGGAUAAAUGACUCUAUGUCACAGAAAGAUGGAGCAUCACUCAGCGAAGCGCCAAUUCUUACAGAUGAACAGUUAAUAAUAACCACACCACCUACAAAGUUUGUUACAGCUGCUACGGGUGACAGUAUUGACGUGAAGGCUUUAAAAGGGAAAAUGUCUUCUAUUACCAAGAAAAAAGCAACUCCUAAGGAAGAUUGCAAAGUCAAAUUCUGUGGUAAACAGGAGUCUAAAGGAGACGCAAAACCUCGAAAACAGGCAAUCAAACCAAGUAAGGAUGAGCUGAGGGAAGCUGUCUUUCUUAUCUUGGAUACCGCGGACUUUGCCACGAUGACCUUUGGAGAUGUUGUAAAAGAAGUCGACAAAUACUUUGGCAAGGAUCUGUUUGAGAGAAAGCCACUAAUAAGGUGUCUUAUAGAAGAGGAGCUCUUUAAGCUAGCAGACGAGGCUGAGAAGAAGGAAUUGGAAGAGUUGGAAGCAGCAGAGGCGAAGGCUAGAGCUGAGCAAGCUGCCAAGGAGAUGGCACAAGUUCAAACAGUUGAAUCGGGUAUCAACAAGCAACAUGUACUUCAAGCUGGUCGAGAUAGCAACACUAAAGACAGUCUAAAGAAUGCAAAUGACAGUACUAACAAAAUAAGUAUCGAUGGUGGGGCAUCUGUGGAGUCUGCUUUCAAGAGAAACAGCUGUUAUGCUGCCGAAGGUUCAGGCGGCCACAAAGCUGACACUGAUGCAAAGAAUAAAGUCAUAACUAAGGAUGGCAAUGGUGAAAAGGUUGCCCUCGCACCCAUUGCAAACAGUGAUUGUACCAUACAACUACAAGGUUCAAGCAAUGUCGUAGCUGAGCUGAUGAAUAACAACAAUGUUGAAAUCCUAGAAGGGUCAAAAGAUGGCAAAGUGAAAGGCGCUAGCAGUGGAGAAAACAAUGACACUGAAGAUGGUAGCAAUGAAAAAAACAGGAGUGAGAAUGUCGGUAGCAAUGCAGAAGCUGCCAAUGGUUGUGAAGCUGAAGAGUCUAACAAUCAUGGAAAUAAUGAACGUGUAGAACACACAGAAGGUGACAAAGCUCAGGAAGCUAACCAUAAUGAGAACAGUGCAAAUGUAGAAAUCCAUGCUGAUGGAGACGGCGAAGCAAAAGAAGGCGAUAUAGAUGCAGAACAGAGUCAAGCAGACGGUGGCAGCAAUAAUACGGCUGAAGAUGCUGAGCACAAUGAGAACACCAAAGUUGAUGAUGCCAAUUCAAGCAAGAAUGGUACUGCCGAGAAUGGAAAGACUGAUGUUGAUGUGAAAGGCAACAGCGAUGGCACAGCUGAAGGAAGCCCGCUAGCGUGAUGAGAUGGGCGUAGAUUGUAAGAGAGUUCGAAUAAGAUCCCGCUUAUGUAGAUUGUAAGAGAGUUGAUGUAGGGUCCCACGUGAGAGACUAUCACUGAUGCCCUAACUCUUGUAUGAUAGCUUAUCAUGCAGAGCCAUGGCAAGUGUAAGGUCUAGAAGCCUAGAACCUAGAGAUGGCCAGAUUGUUUGUAUUGUAAAAUAUGCACGGGUCUAGCUUGCUCUUGAUGUGUAUAGCACUGGACUACUGGAAACCUAGACCAGGGAAUCCAUCCAGUUGCGCUGUUGUAUGUUGGAACCAAGCAAUUCAGAGCAGGAUGUGUUUCCAAACAUUACCUUUGUGUAUCAGAAAUCCGAAUGGUCUCCUUUUGUGCUCU